AUGAAUUUUACAGAUUCUCAUACCACAGAUUACGCAUAUUUGUCAGACUAUGCUUCUCUAAUCACACAACCUUGUUCUAAAUUGGAAGUCAGGAACUUCACAAAAGCAUUUCUGCCCGUUGUAUAUUCAUUCAUUUGUAUCAUUGGUCUAGUUGGCAACAUCUUUGUAGUGAUGACCUUUGCUUUAUAUGAAAGAACCAAGUCCAUGACGGAUGUGUACCUCUUCAACAUGGCCAUAGCAGACAUACUGUUUGUUCUCACUCUCCCACUGUGGGCAGUGAAUUAUGCUGCUGACGAAUGGAUUUUUGGUGAUUUCAUUUGCAAAAUGACCAGAGGAAUCUAUGCAAUUAACUUCAGCUGUGGCAUGCUACUUCUGGCUUUCAUCAGCGUGGACCGGUACAUUGCUAUUGUGCAGGCAACAAAGUCGUUUAAACUCAGGGCAAGAACACUUGCAUACAGUAAACUCAUUUGUUUGGUCGUGUGGGCAUCAUCCAUUUUAAUUUCUAGUUCCUCUUUUCUAUACAGUGAAAGUUACAGCUUCUCCAUCAAUGAAACCAAAGAGAUUUGUGAUUACAGGUUUGACAGAAAUUCUGAAAGCACAAUGCUGAAAUCACUGCUGCUGUGUCUACAAGUUGGAUUUGGAUUUUUUAUACCUUUCAUAUUCAUGAUUUUUUGCUAUACAUUCAUUGUCAAAUCCUUACAACAAGCUCAGAAUUCCAAAAGGAACAAAGCAAUCCGUGUGAUCGUAUUAAUUGUAGCUGUUUUCCUAGUUUGUCAGAUACCUUAUAACAUUGUUCUUCUUGUGACAGCUGUAAAUAUGGGCAAGAUGGACAAAUCUUGUGACAACGACAAGAUGAUGGCCUAUGUGAAAUACACCACUGAAGCCAUAGCAUUUUUACACUGUUGUGUGAACCCCGUGCUCUAUGCAUUUAUUGGAGUGAAGUUCAGAAGUUAUUUUGUGAAGAUAAUGAAGGACCUAUGGUGCAUGAGAUACAAGAAAUACAAUAAACGUAGUUUAAGGACAAACUCUGAUAUUUAUCAUUCAAGACAGACUAGUGAAAUUCUGACUGACAAUGGAUCUUCUUUUACUAUAUAAUACAAUUUAAACAACAUUAUUACUGAAGGAUUCUUCUCCCUGAGCAACCCAAACCGGUGUCACUGUGCCUGUGACAGAAGGCUUCUCUGCACCUCUACAGGAGCUUUCCUGAUCUACAGAUCCUUUCAGGAAAAGAAUUAAGAUAGAAAAAUAACAUGAUCCUGUGGAAAAAUGAAAUCUUAUUCACCUCUCUUAACAUUCACAUUCUUCUAAAGUGCAAUCUCUUUGGGUUACCAGGAAAGUGAAGUUUACAGAGGAAUCCUCCAUAGCUUCUAGGUAAAAAUUCCAUCCCUUCUGACCUACAUGAUUGAAAUAUCCUGAAAGUACUAUGUAAAUUAAUCAGAUUAUGGCCAGGCUCAUCCUACUUAGAUUUAUAUUGUUUCUAUUAAUUACUUCUACCUGGAAAUUCUAUAUAAGUCUCCACUGUGCUUUUGUUGCUGACAGGUUGUGCUCUGACAAUGCUAUACCUAAAGAGAUGCCAUUUUGAGCAAAGCACAUCAAGGAAAACAAACAGAAAUGUAGAAACAAGCUGAAGACUGGACUUAGGUGUUGGGUCAUGUAAAUCUUUGUCCAGUUCUACACUCCACCUGCUCAUUGGUAGUUGCUUACACCAAGGCUGAGGGUGGUCAAAGCCACCAAUGACGUGUCUACUAAAGAGAAGAUUAGGAACAAAUAAAAUUAUUAAUUAAAGAGAACACAGAAAUGUCCACAGGAAGGUUUUCUGACAUUUCCUAAAAUUAUCUUCUGAACAGAGAAUGGAGCUAUGUUUGAGAGAUUCUUCCUUCAUUUGGCAGUGGAUCCAUCAAAACUGAU